GUUGGAGGUUUGACCAGACCAACCACGAAGAAAGAAAGGCAAAUCAAAUUCUAAAUAGGAAAUGCUAAAUAAGAGCAGAGAGAGAGAGAGAGAGAGAGAGAUUGUUGUUGAAAGACAUUUCAGGCAGCAUAGAUAGAGAGAGAGAGAGAGAGAAGGGAGGUUAGUCGUUGGUUCCUCGUUUGGUGGUGGUGGCGAAACGCCCGAAGCUGGGAGCCUGAGAAAAUUUUCCCCAAAUUCCAUCAUAUUGGAGGUUUUUAGGGAUUGGCCAACUAUCAGCCUUCGUUCUCCCGAAAGCUUCCCCUCCUCCUUUGGCCUUUCCCCUCCUUUCUCUCUCGCGCUGCUCUGUUCAAUCGCGGAGGAGAGAGGAGGUUUCCCAUUUCCCGCUCCCCACAUUCCAUUUUCGAGAGAGAUCGGUUCUUGUUGUUGUUUCUGUAUGGUAUGAAUUGGGGAUUCUAGAGAGGAAACUUAUUGUUGUGCGUUAGGGGGUUUUCGCAUCUCUGCUGGGAAAAACAAGGAUUGAAUUGCAAGGAAAAGAAGAGGGCAAGCAACCAUGAAUGUGAUGCGUCGUUUGAAGAGCAUUGCCUCUGGUCGUACAUCCGUCUCGUCUGAUCCCGGCGCGGAUCCUGGGACAAAGAGGGCCAAGGUGGACCAAGAAAUAGAGCAGAAGAGCCAUAAUGAGGCGCAUCUAGUUGAAAGGAAUGCCACUGGGCUGGAGCAGAAUGCAGCUUCAGCAUCUCUUAAUGCUCCAGUUGGUACAUCUCAGCAAUCUUCCAAGACCAAAAAAGAAAAUACGGGAUAUGAACAGCUUCCCCAUGAAAUGCACCAAAUGAAGAUCCGAGAUGAUAAGGCUGCCAAUACCGACGACAAGGAAAUGGGGGCUGCUGUUGUGAGUGGUAAUGGGACUGAAACUGGUCAGAUAAUUGCAACCACGAUUGGUGGCCGCAAUGGACAGCCAAAGCAGACAAUUUCAUACAUGGCAGAACGUGUGGUUGGUACAGGCUCUUUCGGUGUGGUUUAUCAGGCCAAAUGCCUUGAAACUGGUGAAUCAGUUGCUAUAAAGAAGGUGCUUCAGGAUAAGAGAUACAAGAACAGAGAGCUUCAGAUCAUGCGCCUUCUGGAUCAUCCCAAUGUUGUCCAGAUCAAGCAUUGUUUCUUUUCAACUACUGAUAAAGAAGAAGUAUACCUUAAUCUUGUUUUGGAGUAUAUAGCUGAGACAGUCCACCGAGUGUCGAGGCACUACAGUAGAAUGAACCAUCAACACAUGCCUAUCAUAUAUGUGCAACUUUACACUUAUCAGAUAUGCCGUGCUCUAAAUUAUUUACAUAAUGUUGUCGGAGUAUGCCAUCGUGACAUUAAGCCUCAGAAUCUAUUGGUCAAUCCCAAUACUCAUCAACUAAAGAUAUGUGACUUUGGUAGUGCGAAGAAGCUGGUCCCGGGUGAACCCAACAUAUCCUAUAUAUGCUCUAGGUAUUAUAGGGCUCCCGAGCUUAUAUUUGGGGCCACCGAGUAUACCACUGCCAUUGACAUGUGGUCUGCUGGAUGUGUAUUGGCUGAGCUUCUCCUUGGACAGCCAAUGUUUCCCGGAGAAAGUGGCGUCGAUCAGUUGGUGGAGAUUAUUAAGGUUUUGGGGACACCAACCAGGGAAGAAAUUAGGUGCAUGAAUCCAAAUUAUACAGAAUUCAAGUUCCCCCAAAUUAAAGCUCACCCAUGGCACAAGAUCUUUCACAAGAGAAUGCCCAAUGAAGCAGUGGAUCUGGUGGCAAGGCUGCUCCAAUACUCGCCUAAUCUACGUUUUACUGCUUUGGAAGCGUGUGCUCACCCUUUCUUCGACGAUUUGAGAGACCCAAGUGCAUGCUUGCCUAAUGGUAGAGCUCUACCUCCUUUGUUCAAUUUUACAGCUCAAGAAUUGGCGGGUACCUCAACUGAACUUCGCGAACGACUCAUUCCGGAGCAUGCAAGAAAAGACUAAUGAACAAAGUGCUAAAGAAAAAGCGGCAUAACUAGUCUUCAAAAUUCCUUUUGACUUAUCAUCACAGAUAAUCCGAGAUCGUUACUUGUCAGGUUAAGAUAGAAGGAAGAUGAAAGUUUGAUGAGGAAAGGAUAGAGACAGGAGGAGGAUGGAGAAGCUGAUGAUUAUUUGAUAGAUGGUGUUGAUUGUGUUCUUUGAUGGUGGCUGUAAAUGAAAUGGAACUAACUACUUCUACUGAGGCGAGGCAGGCAGGCAGACGAGGCUCUGAUUGAUUGCGCUCCAGAGUUGCCCACGAAUUGAUCAAAUUACUUUAGGGAAAUCGUGUGAUGGACUAAUGGCUCAUUUUUCACAUUUUUUUUUUUUUUAAUGUUCUGAUAUAUGAUUUAUGGGUAUAUUUCGUUACGACCAAACUAUAUUGGUCGUGUUAGAUUGAUUAGGAUUUGUUUGCUGAUGUACACCUUUUUCCCCAAGUAUCGGUGUUACAAUGAAAAUUCAGAUUGUUUCAGAAAAUCAAGCUCCUUCAAGUUGUGUCACUCUCAUUUUCUGCAUUCCCUUCUUUUUCUGUGGUUUGCUCAAAUUGCGAAUUGUCAGAUAUUCGGUUAUACUCUUGAAGCUGGCUGUCAAUCAGAGCGAAUGAUGAAGCCGAAACAGAACCCUCAGCUUGGCAGAAUCCAAAAGAAUAGCUAUGCACUCUUAUCUUCUUGUUUCUGUGUCAAGGG